CGUAUUACUAGUAAACCAAAGACUCCAGCCUCCAGUUAUCAUAUAGGCUACCCUCUAUAGUUCUAACUUGGUUUCCUCGGCUCAAGGUCCAAGGUUUAUGCUUACAUACAUUGCCCUGGGUCAGAGUGGGUUCAAUAAUUACUGGUGAUGUUAUCUGUUUGAAGUCACCAGGACGUCGCUGUGGGUAGCAACAUUCCUACACCGGCCACCCACUUUCCAACCCAGGAACCACCGAUUAAUAGGCUCACAGUUUGUCCUGUGAUUUCCUUUGCCGUUUUUGUCGUUCAUCUUAAUGGGACGUUGUGUACCUCAAAAUUGUAGAAAUGGGAACAGGAUGUCUUCAAAAGAAAAUGGAAUAACAUUUCACAGAUUUCCAAAUGAAAAGGAGCUUCAGAGGAGAUGGGUAUUGCACUGCGGAGAGAAGGGUUCCAUGCUAGCAGCCAUUCAGUUCUCUGUAGCAGUCACUUUACAGAGCAGGACUUUGGCCGCACGGGCCAGAUUGUCCGCCUCAGGUCAGGGGUGGUGCCCUCAAUAUUUGACUUCCCAGUGCUUCUUCAAGUUGCUUGGUAUAUGUAUAUGGUUGAUGUGUCAAGAAAUGGUAUAGUCAUACUAUGUGUUGUGUAUGGAGAUGGUCAAACAUUUAGGGAGGGAUACUGAACCACUGGAAAACUUCUGAACACAUGACAGAGCUCAAGCCCUUCUCAAGAAGUUUUUUAUUUGGAAAAAUGUCUAUUUGACUAAUGGAAAAUUAAGACUCCUCAUCCUAUUCCAUCUAUACUUGCCAGCUAGUCCACCUUCUCAACUGUGACACCUCCAUCUACUUUUGGUCUUCCUGCAAGAUGCUGACCAUCAUAAUUCACCAUUCUCCACAACUAAAACUGAUGAUGACACUGAUAAUAACUACAUACAAAACCAAUGAGAUGUUAAGUCAAAUGAAUGGUAAAGGCACUACUGCAACCAGGU